GUUGGCAGACGAGAGGAGGCAGCGAGCUCCACAAGGGCUGCCAGCCUGUCACGGGACGGUCAGCGAGCAUGGACAGCCUCAGUGAUGAUGUCUACACUCGCUUCGCUCAGCCACUGUGGCGGGUGCAGAACCGCCAGGCAGAUCCGCUCGACGAGGCAACAGGUCUAGCAGCAGUAUGGUCAAGCGUCCUCGACGAGCUUAUGGCAGACUUGCCGCUCGACGCCACGCCCGAGGAGACAGAGGCAUGGCAGCUCGAGCGCGAUACUUGGCAACUCGUCCAUCUGCUGUACAUUGAACGCAUGACAGAUCGACCGAGCCCCGUAGAUGCAGACCAGGCCGGCCAGAGCAGUAGCACAAGCUGGUCAUAUUAUUCGACUCCGACAGAUAUCGUGUCUCGCUACAUCGAAUCCCGAACAGAUCUCGUUCAGCUUUCCAUCGUCAGAGACUGGCUCCACGCCACGACGACGUCGCUCUCUCCUGCAGAGAUCAGGAGAGGCUACGCUCCACAUACGAAGCACAAGCUGAAAGAUGCCAAAAGACGCGGCGCGACUGCUCCUACCGGUCUCGUCACCGAGCUCGAUCCGGACGCAGUCGACAGACAAGGCGCACGUCUCGAAUCAGAGGAUGUCGCCUACGAGAAAGCACUCAUGCGAUCCUUGUUCGAAUACGUGAGAGCGGGUCAGAUCGACCAGGCACUCGACAUGUGCGCCCAAUCAGAUCAGUCCUGGCGUACUGCGUCCCUUCGCGGUGGCACGCUCUGGCAGGAUCCUCUGCUCGAACCUGACGACGGCGCCAUGGACGAAGGCGCUACAGCUGUCUCUACCGGUAAUCUCAACAGGCAGCUCUGGAAGUCAGUAUGUCGGAGAAUUGCCUCGAGUCCGACUAUUACACCCUAUGAACGAGCACUCUAUGGUGCCAUUUCGGGCGAUGUAGCGUCUGUGCUGCCAGUAUGCUCGAGCUGGGAAGACGUCCUAUGGGCUCAUGUCAACGGCAUCUUUGAGGCCCAAGUCGAUCAUGCUCUCUCGCGAUCUCAAGCGGCUUCUUUCUGGCUUUCCGAGGCAACAAUUGAGCCCACUGCUCCUUCACGCAACGAGGAAGACUAUACCAGUCAGCCCAUCAAGUCCACUUUGGCCAACGUUUUCGACAGCUUGCUUUCGUCCGAUUCGCAAGAGAUCGCCCAGUCUGCUCGACAGCCUUUCCGCGUGGCUCAAAGCCUGCUCAUCACCUCAAGGGUCGAUCGAUUGCUGUCUUCGUUCGCCCAGCGCAUCGAAGAUUCGGGCGAAACAGUAGAAGACGAAUUGACAGUCCAGCUCCUGCGCUUCUUCUCCCAUCUCAUACUACUCCUCCGCGCCCUCGAGCAAGACACCGCCAUCGAAGCCUCGAAUUACAUUAUCCAGCAAUACAUUCGAGCUUUGAAGACAAAAGGACGCGAUGAGCUCGUCGCUUUCUACGCGGCCAAUCUCGACGAUUCGGGCUCAAUCGACUCGUACGGCAAAUACUUGCAAAGCCUAGAAGCAGCCGACACGCUCACUCGACGCACAGCACUUCUGCGAACCCUUGAGCACGGUCUCGAUCUUCGCCGCGUUGCUCUGCGUACUGUUCAGCUCAUCAUUGCGGAUUCCUUCUUGGAAAUACCAGACGAGGAAGAUGUAGUGCAGCUGCUCAGUCAAGCUCGCUUAGAUGACAGAGAUGACACCCUCAUCCGGGCGUUACAAUGGCUCACAUUCGACUCUCGAACUUACCGCGACGCCCUUCUGCAAGCGAACGCCCUGUGUCGCUACUUCCUCACCUGCGGAAAGCCUUUUGCCGCUCGAAUGACGUUUCAGCAGCUCCCUUCGGAUCUACUGCCUACGAAUGCUGCUCUCGCAGCAGAGACUGGCGCAGACCUAGCUCUGUUCGAAGAGCAUCUUUCACUUGCUCGUUUCCUAGAAGCCCUUCAGCUUCACAACCAGUGCGCUGAGGUAGUCAGUCAGCAGCCUCCGCAGAGAUCUUCACCAGUGGCCUUGCACGAGUUUGGCACAGCACUUAGGCAAGUCACCGAGCAAUUCAAUGAGCACGUCGUGCAGAUACUCGAAUCGGACUGGCUCAAUUUCGAACCUACUCAAGACCAAAGGCGCACGCGCGAACUCUCGAGUAUCCGCCACAUCUAUAUCCCUGAGCUUAUCACGCGUUUGCAUCGAACGCUUUACGAAACUCGUCAAUGGGUCCCAAGCAACCUGCAAUUAGCUAUCGACCUAGCGGCGACAGUGGCCGAUGAGCGCUACAAGGUCUAUCUCGCAUUCGUCACGAGCAAGCACAACCGUAUGGGCGAGUUUCUCGAGCUCGUGAGAGUCGCCAGCAUCGCGGCAUUGGAUCGAGGAAGCAAUCCUUUCGUUGCAGCUUGAAUCAGAUCUCAUCGAGCUCAUAGCAAUCCAGCAGCGAUGACAGCUUGUCGCACGACAGACGCGCCUUGAGAUCUGCUCGAUUGCCGAGCAAGCGCACAAGCGCUAUCAGCCGAUACGUUUGAAGCACGAUGCCUGGAUCUGCCAGCACAUGUAGCGGGCUCGACGACCCGCCGGCUGCGCCUAGCAUUGAAGCAAGAGAGUCGAGGAUGGCUUUGACAUUCGCUUCGAACGGCCCUGUGUCGCCUGCAUCGGCUUGCAUUGGCGCAACGUUGUAUGUCGCGGAGAUGCAAAGAAGAUCAUCGAUGAACAUGUUCGAUCUCUCGGCGCUGAAAAUGCUGCCCUUGACUCGCUGUCUGACCUUCGCGGUAUUUUGGCCAUCCAGCUCGCAUAAGAGCUCAGCAGCGUCGCAAGCGCCGAGUGAGCUGAUGCGAGACGGGAUGGCGAUCGCCUCGACCC